AUGGCUUCAGUGUCUGCUUCUUCUUCAAUUCUUGACACCCUCGGGUCCUCCGGCGCCGGCGCUAGCAGAAAUUAUGCCCAAGUCCCACAACGUAGCUUCAUCAGUUUCUAUUUGGCUCCUUCAUUUUCCUUUCCUUUCCAGAGUUCGGCGGGUAAAUAUCUAAAGCCGCCCAACCGGUUCACUGCUUUAAGCAAUUCACCCUUCGCCUCAACUCUUCCGGAGCAAAACCCAUCUCCGGAGCUUGCUGUUCUCCUUGAAGUUGAUGGAGUCCUUAUGGACGCAUAUCGCUUGGGAAAUCACCAAGCUUUCAACGUAGCAUUUCGGAAGCUUGGACUUGACUGUGCAAAUUGGACUGAACCUAUCUACAUGGACCUUUUAGGGUCUGGCUUCGUUCAUUUUCAUUGUAUAUGCAGUUUCCUGAAAUCUCCUCGUUGA